AAAAAGUAAUCCACUUCUCUUCUUCUUCCUCUUCCUCCUCCCGCUGCUUAUAAUAGUGCACGCAGAGAAACGCAGCUCUUCGCUUUCUCUUCCUCUAAUGGCGGAUAAACUAGCUCCCCCUCUUUUCCUUCCGAAUCCACCUGCCUCAAAACCCUUAUUUCCCGACCAGAACCACCAGCAACUCCCCCGGUCGCCGGUCUUUACUCCGCCGCCUCCGCCUACGUCGCAGCUGCCGGUGUCUCCUCUCCUCCGAGACGUGUUCAAUCACCAGAACCCGAAUUCCCGACAACCCAUCAAUCCGCAUACGCCUAGAAUCCGGACCCGGACGCGGAUUGGCAAGUCCCGCGACCCGAACCGCGGCAAACCGUGGUCCGACCAUGGCCUUUCCCCCGAGGGGAAGCAACUUCUUCGUUCCUUGAUCGAAUCCAGUUUUGAUUCUGAUCACCUUGAUAGUCUUUUGUCGCAAUUGUUCGAACCUUAUAAGAAUAACCCAGUUGGGAAAACACGUUCUUUAUCCGCGGAGCUUCUGGGUCUUGUUAAGGGUUUAGGGUUUCACAAGAAAUAUGAUUUAGCUCUGCGUGCUUUUGAUUGGUCUAGGAAGCAGGAUGAUUACCAAUCCAUGUUGACUAACUCCGUUGUUGCUGUGGUUUUCAGUAUGUUGGGAAAAGAAGGUCAAGUAUCAUCAGCUGCGACUUUGUUCGAUGAUUUGCAGAAAGAUGGAUUUGCCUUUGAUGUGUACUCUUAUACUUCACUAAUAUCAGCAUUUUCUAGUAGUGGAAUGUACAGAGAGGCUGUAAUGGUGUUCAAGAAGAUGGAGGAAGAAGGCAUCAAACCCACUUUGAUAACUUAUAACGUGAUCUUGGAUGUGUAUGGGAAAAUGGGUAUGCCAUGGAAUAAGAUUACUAGCCUCGUGGAGGGGAUGAAGAGUGCCGGGAUUGCGCCAGAUGUGUACACUUACAACACUCUUAUAAGUUGUUGUAAAAGAGGCUUGUUGCAUGAGGAAGCUGCUCAAGUUUUCGAGGAGAUGAAGGUUGCAGGGUUUAGUCCCGAUAAGGUUACUUACAAUUCGUUGCUUGAUGUUUAUGGCAAGUCCAGGCGACCUCGGGAAGCUAUGCAGGUUUUAAAAGAGAUGGAGCUCAAUGGCUUGUCUCCAAGCUUUGUGACAUACAAUUCCUUGAUAGCGGCUUACACUAGAGAUGGCUUGCUGGAUGAAGCAAUGGAGCUUAAGAACCAGAUGGCUGAAAAGGGGAUUCAACCUGACGUUUUUACAUAUACCACACUGUUAUCGGGAUUUGAGAAGGCUGGGAAGGACGAAGCUGCUAUGAAGAUUUUCGAGGAGAUGAGAGAUGUCGGGUGCAGCCCAAGUAUUUGUACGUUCAAUAACCUUAUAAAGAUGUAUGGUAACAGGGGAAAGUUUACAGAAAUGAUGAAGAUCUUUUACGAGAUCAAUGCAUGCAGUCUUUCCCCGGAUAUCGUUACUUGGAACACACUAUUAGCGGUGUUUGGGCAAAAUGAGAUGGAUUCAGAAGUAUCGGGUGUGUUCAAGGAGAUGAAGAGAGCGGGGUUCAUACCGGAAAGAGACACUUUCAACACUCUGAUUAGUGCUUAUAGUCACUGUGGUUCGAUUGAUCAAGCCAUGACUGUUUACAAGAGAAUGCUUGAAGCUGGGGUCACUCCUGAUCUUUCCACCUACAAUACUGUUAUGGCAGCUUUGGCACGUGAAGGAAUGUGGGAACAGUCUGAGAAAAUUCUCGCAGAGAUGAAGGAUGGUCGAUGCAAACCCAAUGAAUCAACUUACUGUUCUCUGCUUCAUGCAUAUGCAAAUGGCAAGGAGAUUGAUCGGAUGCAUUCUCUGAUUGAAGAGGUGUACUCUGGUGUGAUAGAGCCUCGUGCCGUUCUUUUAAAGAACCUCGUAAUGGUUUGUAGCAAAUGUGACCUUUUGCCAGAGGCCGAGCGUGCAUUCUCCGAGCUUAAGGAAAAAGGGUUUUCUCCCGACAUAAGGACGCUGAAUUCAAUGGUGUCUAUUUAUGGAAGAAGGCAGAUGGUUGCGCAAGUCGAUGAACUCUUGAUCUUCAUGAAAGAAAAAGGGUUUACUCCAACCUUGGCAACUUACAAUUCCUUAAUGUCUAUGCAUAGUCGGUCUGAAAAUUUCGGGAAAUCAGAGGAAAUCUUGAGGGAAAUACUGUCGGAAGGGAUGAAACCGGAUGUGAUAUCGUACAAUACGGUGAUCUAUGCAUAUUGCAGGAACAGUCGGAUGAGAGAUGCUUCGAGAAUAUUCUCAGAGAUGAUGGAUUCGGGGAUUGAUCCCGACGUUAUCAGCUACAAUACUUUCGUGGCAGCUUAUGCAGCUGACUCGAUGUUUGAGGAGGCUCUUGCUGUUAUUAGGUACAUGAUCAAGCAUGAGUGUAGACCGAAUCAGAACACCUACAACUCCAUUGUUGAUGGGUACUGUAAGUUAAACAGGAAGGAUGAGGCGAGAUUGUUUAUCCAAGAACUGAAGAAGCUCGAUCCACAUAUUCCAAAGGACGAAGACUGCAGGUUGCUGGAACGCAUAGCUAAGCAAUGGCCAUAGCUAGUAGAGCUCGGCUGCAGGUCGUGGAUAGUGUUGUGAAGUGUAACAGAAACAAUAUUCUGCAGUAUUUCAGAAAGGAAAGGAGUUUCUUCA